GUAUGGUGUGUGGUGUAUGGUGUGUGGUGUGUUUGUGCGUGCUGUGGCCCUCGCACGCUUACGUAUGAGUUUUAUUAGCCUUACCAAAACCCCAAAAUAGUGCGGUUUCAUAAAAUUUCGAAAGUAUGUUUCCGUACAUAGCUCUAAAUAUAUUUGGGAUUUUUUUCCCCGUAGAUGAUCAUUAGUCUUGAUUCUUUCUUUAUCCUUGCAGCCAUAGAACCAGCUGGCCUGCUCUAUGACCUGUUCCCUCGCGCUUUCAGACUCCACCGAUCUCAGACUGAUUUUCUGCAAGUUUUGAGCACAGACAGAAUGGGUGUUGGCACUUCUAGAAUUUUGGGGCACGUCAAUUUUCUCAUGAAUGAAGGGACAGAUCAGCCAGGGUGUGACGACCGGGGAGAUACAUGCAGCCAUGGGCGAGCAAGUUAUAUCGCGAUUGACUCCGUCUUGAAUUGCAAUUUCCGCUUUGUGCUCGGCUGCUCCUCCAAGCACGCCUUUCUGCAUGGUCUGUGCUCCCACCUUCCGGAGUUGACGUUCGGCUUCGGGAUAGACAAGGAGGCUGCCCUGGCACAGAGUGAAAAGAGUCCAAGAAUCUAUUACUACUUUUCCGACCACAUCGAAAGGCCCUUCUGCUUGGAAAAAGAUUAUGCCUCACCCACUUUCGACGGGGUACUUUGCUGAACAUGUAACAUUAAACAGGAAAAAACAACAACAACAACAACAUUUUCGUCAGCACAACAGAAAAGAGACUGUACGUAAAGUCCACCCAAUGAAGAGACAUCAAAACAGCCGUCAACCCUGAGGGAAGUUCUUCCACAGCAUUGCAGCAUUACCAUUGGUGUGACAUCGUGACAAAACCAGGCGCUCGUCACAAUGAAAUCGAAGAAACCAACCGACAUAUUUCCGCCAGCUGAACAAUAUUUUUUAUUAAUGUAUUAUUUUCAAUUUACUUUUUUUAGGGGGGUUAUCGCCUCUUAUAUCCAUUAAAUUUUAGGUUAGAUAUUUCUGAAAAUAUUGACCGAAAGGACUUAAAAUGUAAAUUUGUAGGUUUCAAAGACACAACAGCUUUAGAAGUCAUCAAACGUGGCGGCCAUUUUCUCGCUAAUUUUACUUCAGACGCCUGGACACCUGCACCACUUUCAAUCGCAAAUAAUUAUCAUCCCAACUUCAACUCAAGAUAGAUGAGUACUUUUUUCAUCAAAACCAAGGCAGGUGACCCAACUUUAAGAAUAUUUCAAUAACUCUAUAAUUAUGUCUAAGAAUUGACGAGCGCCGGAUUCCAUCGUGUUGUAACACAAAUUGUGUCAUUUUGUACAGACCUAUCAUCUUAGCGACACAAUCGGGAUUUGGCGUCACUUCCAGCUGGAGUGGAUGAUUGUAUUCUUAGUUAGAAUAAAGCACUUUCGAAAUGGUC